UUGACAGCACGCAAUCUCCAGUUGUCACUUAGGGACCCCGCUCCUUUAAGGGCCCCUUGCGCAUGCGUGUUGCCCUCUUUUCCGGUGAAGAUCAUGGCGGGGAUAGAAGAAAAGAAAGAGACGAAAGUGCCAUCGGUGCCUGAAACCCUGUUGAAGAGGCGACAGGCCUUUGCUGCAGCGAAGGCUAAACGCGUCAAGAAAAUGUUGGCAGAGAAAAAGGCUCGCAAAGCAAAGAGAGUUGUUAUUUACAAAAAGGCACAACAUUACCAUAAGCUCUACAAACAGAUGUACAGGAGUGAGAUCCGAAUGGCCAGAAUGGCUCGCAAAGUUGGAAAUUUCUAUGUGCCGGCUGAACCAAAAUUAGCCUUCGUGAUUCGGAUUCGAGGUAUCAAUGGUGUUAGCCCUAAGGUCCGAAAAGUACUGCAGCUUCUCCGUCUCCGCCAGAUCUUCAACGGUGUAUUUGUGAAGCUGAAUAAAGCUUCAAUCAACAUGUUGAGGAUCGCUGAGCCCUAUAUUGCAUGGGGCUAUCCCAACUUGAAGUCUGUUCGUGAGCUUAUCUACAAGCGUGGAUAUGGAAAGAUCAGGAAACAAAGAAUUGCUCUUACAGACAAUGCCCUGAUUGAAAAAUCAUUGGGUUUAUGUGGUAUUGAGUGCAUUGAAGAUCUGGUUCAUGAAAUUUACACAGUUGGAAAGAACUUCAAGGCUGCAAAUAACUUCCUGUGGCCUUUCAAGCUUUCAUCACCUCGUGGUGGAAUGAAUAAGAAAACCACCCACUUUGUUGAAGGUGGUGAUGCAGGAAACCGGGAGGAUCAGAUAAAUAGACUCAUCAGGAGGAUGAACUAAUGCAGCUAUCCCAUGGGAUGUAUGAUCUCUCAUUUCUAAAUAAAACAGUUAAAAAAAUGUGUAUUUGAAAGAAAUAUUUGUACAAAAUGAAUGAUAUCAUGAUGUGAAGAUAAUUAGAGCAAAAGUGUUAGUUUAUGAAACAACCAAGAUGUUAGAAGCGGGUGUUUUCAAGGAAGCACAUAUAUA